ACAGGAGGAUGGGCGGGGUGCGGACGGCUCCGCUAUGGCGGUUUAUUUUGCCUCUCGGACUCGGGCUUCCUGACACCGCCGGCGAACGGGAGCUUGCGGGCCGGCGCGGUCGCCAUGUACCCGCCGCCGGCGUCGGCGCCUCACCGGGACUUCAUCUCGGUGACCCUGAGCGUCGGCGAGAGCUACGACAACAGCAAGAGCCGGCGGCGGCGCUCAUGUUGGAGAAAAUGGAAGCAGCUGUCGAGAUUACAGCAGAACAUGAUUAUCUUUCUCUUGGCCUUUCUGAUUCUCUGUGGAUUCCUGUCCUACAUCCAUAUGGCAGACCAGUGGAAAGCUCUGAGUGGCAAGCCCACAGAAGAGCUGAAGAUGAUGCCAGAAGUCCCUGGAUUGAAGCCAGCAAACCCUCCUGUCUUACCAGCACCUCAGAAGGCAGACGCCAGCCCAGCGUUUUCCAAGAUGUUGCCUCAGCGGCCUCGAAAGCAUUUCCGACGGGGGCCUCCCCACCUGCAGAUCAGAGCCCCCAACACGGACUCCAAGGCUGGGACACAGGAUGACACUAAGGAGCGGGCAGCAGCCCCGGGGGAUGCUCAUCAGGAAGAGAACACACAGCGGACCGUCAUCAGCUGGCGGGGUGCAGUGAUCGAGCCCGAGCAGGGCACUGGACUCCCUUUGAGAAGAGCAGAGGCCCCUGCCAAGCCUUCCCCACUGGUUACCAGGAUGCAGAAAGAACCGGCACUCCUAAACGAGCGCCAGGAAGGGGUGAUCGAGGCCUUUCGACAUGCGUGGAAGGGGUACCGCCAGUUUGCUUGGGGCCACGACGAGCUCAGGCCUGUGUCCAGGUCCUUCAGUGAGUGGUUCGGCCUGGGCCUCACUCUGAUCGACGCCCUGGACACCAUGUGGAUUUUGGGUCUGAAGCAAGAAUUUGAAGAAGCCAGAACGUGGGUGUCACAGAAGUUAAACUUUAAGAAAGACGUGGAUGUGAACCUGUUUGAGAGUACCAUCCGCAUCCUGGGCGGACUCCUGAGCACCUACCACCUGUCCGGGGACGGGCUUUUCCUGAGGAAGGCUAAAGAUUUUGGCAAUCGGCUAAUGCCAGCCUUCAUGACGCCCUCCAAGAUUCCAUACUCCGAUGUGAACAUCGGCACUGGAGUUGCCCACCCACCCCAGUGGACCUCAGACAGCACAGUGUCCGAGGUGACGAGCAUUCAGUUGGAGUUCCGCGAGCUCUCUCGUCUCACAGGGGUCAAGAAGUUCCAGGAGGCCGCGGAGGAGGUGACAAGGCACGUUCACCAACUGUCUGGGAAGAAGGAUGGGCUGGUGCCCAUGUUCAUCAACACACACAGCGGCUCCUUCACCCACCUGGGUGUAUUCACCUUGGGCGCCAGGGCCGACAGCUACUACGAGUACCUGCUGAAGCAGUGGAUCCAGGGAGGGAAGCAGGAGACACAGUUGCUGGAGGACUACCUUGCAGCCAUUGAGGGGAUAAAAACACACCUGGUGAGGCACUCGGAGCCCAACAAGCUCACCUUCAUAGGGGAGCUCACCCACGACCGCUUCAGUGCCAAGAUGGACCACCUCGUGUGCUUCCUGCCAGGGACGCUAGCUCUGGGCGUCCACCACGGCUUGCCUGCUGACCACAUGGAGCUGGCCCGGGCACUCAUGGAAACCUGUUACCAGAUGAACCGACAAAUGGAGACAGGCCUAAGCCCUGAGAUCGUGCACUUCAACCUUUACCCUCCUACAGACAAUCUGGACGUGAAGGUCAAGCCAGCUGACAGGCACAACCUGCUGCGGCCCGAGACCGUCGAGAGCCUGUUCUACCUGUACCGUACCACAGGAGACCGCAAGUACCAGGACUGGGGCUGGGAGAUCCUGCAGAGCUUCAACAAGUACACACGGGUCCCCUCAGGUGGCUAUACAUCCAUCAACAAUGUCCAGAACCCCCACAAGCCUGAGCCUAGGGACAAGAUGGAGAGCUUUUUCCUGGGGGAGACCCUGAAGUACCUCUAUCUGCUGUUUUCCGACGACCAGAACCUGCUCAGCCUGGACACCUAUGUGUUCAACACAGAAGCGCACCCCUUGCCCAUCUGGGCCCUCUCCUAGGGCGGCUCCGGGCUGGGAUAGCUGAGGGGGUAGUGUGGCCUCGCCGAGCCUGGCAUGUGUCACGGGGCCCAGUGGUACUGGGCAGCUGCCAAGUGCCAAUGCUCCUGCCCCAGCUCUGGGCUCUCCUGGUCUCUUGCUUCAAAUUAGGGUGGUGUGAGGAACAAGAGCCCCAUGUGAGCUGGUGUGGGGUUCAGGUGACCAGUUCACCAAGCACCUUUGGCCUUCAUCCUCAAGAAAAUCAAAUCACGACUCCUGACUCAUGUCCCUGAUGUCCCAGCAGACUGGCUUUCAGGGAGCUUCCUGAUGGCCCUGGGCCCUCUGGUCCCCUUCUGAGGCUGCUGAAUCGUGUUCAGAGAGGAGCUGGAGGAGCCCGCCAGGCAGCUCUGCUCCAGCUGGUGGCCUGGGAUGUGCCCUGGCCCAUGGUCUGGAGGAGCCUCUGUGGCCUGGCAGGCCAUGGCUUGGGGCCUCCCCGGGGGCCAGCCUUUCUUGGAGUGGGUGUUUACACAUUGGACUCAGGGAUCCUGUCUGCCUGGAGGGGCUUGCUGCGGCUGGGUGGCCGGUUCUUCCUGCUCCCAGGCCUCUGGAUGGAAAGGGACUUCUCAGUUGAGAUAAAACCCACUUGCUACCAGUGUGG